UCUAUAUCUAUGGCUACAGGAAACUGGACAAGAAUAAAUGCAUUUAUCCUCAUGAGCUUCUCUUCCCUGCCUGCUGAAAUACAGUUGUCGCUCUUCCUGGCAUUCCUAACCAUCUACCUGGUCACCCUGAUGGGAAACAGCCUCAUCAUUCUGCUUACCUUGGCUGACCCCAUGCUGCACAGCCCCAUGUACUUCUUUCUCAGAAACUUGUCCUUCUUGGAGAUUGCUUUCAACCUCGCCAUUAUGCCCAAAAUGCUGAGUACUCUGCUUAUCCCAGACACAGCCAUCUCUUUCCUUGGCUGUGCCACUCAGAUGUACUUCUUCUUCUUCUUUGGAGUGGCUGAAUGCUUCCUCCUGGCCACCAUGGCAUAUGACCGCUACGUAGCCAUCUGCAGUCCCUUGCAUUACCCAGUUAUCAUGAACCAAAGGACACGUGCCAAAUUGGCUGCUGCUUCCUGGUUUCCAGGAUUCCUUAUAGCUACACUGCAUACCACAUGGCUCUUCAGUUUCCCAUUCUGUGACAACAAAGUGAACCACUUCUUCUGUGACAGCCCACCUGUGCUGAGGCUGGUCUGUGCAGACACAGCCCUGUUUGAAAUCUAUGCCAUUGUUGGAACCAUAGUGCUUGUCAUGUUACCCUGCUUGCUGAUCGUGUGUUCCUACACUAGAAUCACUAUUGCCAUCUUCAAGAUUCCAUCAGCUAAAGGCAAGCAUAAAGCCUUCUCUACUUGUGGCUCACACCUGCUUGUUGUCUCUCUCUUCUAUAUAUCCACAAGUCUCACAUACAUUCGGCCUAAAUCAAAUAAUUCUCCUGAAAGCAAUAAAUUGUUAUCAUUGUCCUACACUGUUGUGACUCCCAUGUUGAAUCCUAUCAUCUAUAGUCUGAGAAACAAUGAGGUGAAGAAUGCCCUCAGGAGAACAUUCCACAAGGCCCUAACCCUCAGAACCCAUUUCAUAGUCAUCCUCUCUCCUCUUUACACAUCCAUUAGACUGAAACCCAGCUGUUGA